GAAGGAAGAGGUUUCGCACAGGGAGGAAAGUCUGUUGACAGCAGAAAUCCCACCCAAGCCACUGACAACACAUUUGAACACAUUUACUGUCUUAUUAAAUCUGUCCAGCAUCGCAUUGUGGUAUUUGGACCCAGCCGGAGCUCUCAGGGUAUGGAAUAUGGCAGCGACUGAAACGCAGCUUAUGUUAAGCGUCGGAUUGAUCGAGAAAGAUGUGAAUGGAGACACACUGUGGGUGUGGUGCUAUCCCUCUGUGGGCUCAGACCUGAGGCAAGUCCUGCUCAGCAAGUGCUGUCUGACACAGGACGGCCGGGACUUCCACACCUUUGUGUUUGGUCAGUUCUGUCGUACUUGGUACUACAUUACCACGGUGGAGGUGCAGGAGCCCACCGCACUGAGCAAGGUGACUCAUUUUUCAAUAGUUGUUACAGCGAAAGACUUCAACCCUGAGAAGUAUGCUGCACUUAGCAGAAUACUCUGCAGGAUGUACAUCAAACAUGGCAGUCCGGUGAAAAUGAUGGAGGCUUAUGUCACCGUUCUCACCAAAGGAAUUUGCCAGAGUGAUGAAAACGGCUCAUUUCUAAUAAAGGACUAUGAUGUACGGAAAGCAUACCUGGCUGGUUCACUCAAAGAUGUGGUGUCUCAGUUCGGUUUGGAGACCAUCAUCCUGUACACCGCUGUCAUGCUGAAGAAGAGGAUCGUUGUUCAUCACCCUCGGAUUGAAGCGUUGCUGGAGUUUACGAGAGUUCUGCCCACGCUGGCAUGGCACAGGAAGGACUGGUCCAUCCUGCACCCGUAUGUGCAUCUGACUGACACUGAACUGGAGGAUCUAAAGAAGUGCCCGGGUUACAUAGCGGGAUUUGUAGAUCCGGAAGUGAGCAACAGAUCGGACUUGUUUGAUGUGUAUGUGAACCUCCCAGACAGUGUGAUCACAGUAUCCCAGAGCGCCAAAGAGGCCAUGGCUAUGGGGAAGUUACACAAGGACAUCGGCCACCUUAUUGUCCAGUCUGCAGAGGACACUGAGCGGUCAGAUAGUCAGGUCAUCAAGGACAUAUCCUUCAAGACAAAAGAGAUCCUGACCAACUUGGUGUCCCUGUCUGACGAGUGUGAAGACUCUAAGAUCACACUGGAAGGUUUAAAGCAGCAUCAUUUCCCUCCGGCAACAGAGAACUUCCUCUUUCAUUUGGCAGCUGCCGAGCAGCUCUUACGGAUAUAAACCUGCAGUCAGACUCAAUACUGCAGGAUGUCAGCUGCACGGACAGAUCUUUGGGUAAUUGCUGUUUUCUGAGAGACUUGUGCACACGCUCACUUUUACCAUGAGAGUGUGCACAAGACACUUUCUCACAGCAAUUUUCAUAUGAGGUAGGAAAGUGUUUCUAGCAUCAAAUUUUAUCGUCCACUGUUGAGCUAAUGUGUGCAAUGAAGCAUCGUGUAUACCAGGGUGUUUUACAUCAUAGAAUUAAAGGAUAUGUUUGGCAGUUUUUAUUUUUUUCAAUCCCAUGAAAAGGCAGCAAUGAAAUAUUGUCUGUGUAUCCACAGCCUGAUAUAUCUUAGUUCUUUGUGCUCCGUUUAAGCUCCAUUUUAUUAAAAGAAAAAGAAAAGCACAUCAAUGAGCUACAGUGUUGCACUGGAUAUUUAUUACAAAACAAAACAAACAUAGCACAGUGGUGCCUGAUCACGUGGUUCUGAAUUUUUAAAUGCAAGUCAAGUUACCUCCAACGCGUCAUUUGUGUACCUGAGGGAUUACCUAGGGGACACAAAAAUAAUUUGUGUUGCAUUUUGUCUGAACACAGCAUUUGGAAGUUACUCCACCCUCUUAAAAAAUAUAUAUUUGAGAACCCUUUUUUCUUUUUUUUGUCAUCAGUCAGAACCAAUAGCAUUAGAAAUAAGUGCCUCGAGAAUAGAGAAGUAUUUAAAACUGUUGUUGUAAGCAUUGUCCUCAUCAUCACUUGCUUCAGGUCCGUUAGUGAUCCCCUCCCUCCUCGCUACAUCACCACACUUGCGCGAUUAAGUGGGCAGGGAUACCAGAACAUUUUUCUCUUUUACUGCGUGAGGGGGGAAGAGGGGCAACAUGAGUUACUGACCGAACACUCAAUAACAGGGAUUAUUGUUGGAAUAUAAAGCUAUUUAAUAUUUAUCUUAAUAAGAAAAUGACGUUUACAGCACCUUCAACUCAGUUCUGCUGCCACAAAAACUCACUACACCAAAUGUGUAUUAAUCCACAGCUGAAAAUAGUCCCCAGCAAAUGCACUAUUUACUCCUGUCUGAGUAACUUUUGUAAAAAAAAAAAA